CCUGAGGUGUCACUGUACACCUGUCCUGUGUUUACCUUGGACCACCCACAAGUGUGUUAAAGCUCUGGGCCAUCCUGCUGAUUCCAGACCUACCAGAAGAAGUCUGAGAAUGUCCAGAGACACAGGUGGUGGGACGUCUGAUUCAGACUUGAAGACAUCUCUCACUGAGUGCAUGAAGGCUUUGGAUUUGUUCCUUAAUAAUGACUUCCAGGAAGCUCUGACCCUGCUUCAAGCUAAGACUAAGGACAGCAUGUACCAUGCUCUCACUUACGGCACCAUGCUGGAGAUGCAGGCCAUGAUGACCUUUGACCCUCAGGAUAUUCUCAACGCUGGAAACACCAUGAAGGAGGCUCAGGCUGUGUGCCAGCGGUUUAGAAAGAAAUCUUCAGUAGCUGACUCUUUAAACAACCUGGUGCACGGACAGAGCCUGGAUCAGUUCACUGAAGAGGAGAUCCAUGCUGAGGUGUGCUAUGCCGAGUGUUUGCUCCAGCGAGCGGCCCUCACGUUCCUGCAGGAUGAAAACAUGGUCAGUUUUAUCAAAGGCGGAAUUAAAGUUAGAAACAGCUACCAGACGUACAAGGAACUUCACAGCUUGCAGCAGAACGCUAACUAUGCAAAGGGUGAGAGUCACUGUCACUUUGAAGGAGGAGUGAAGUUGGGGGUUGGCGCCUUUAAUCUGACUUUAUCAAUGCUACCUACGAGAAUCCUGCGGCUUUUGGAGUUUGUCGGAUUCUCAGGAAAUAAGGACUAUGGUCUGACCCAGCUGCAGGAGGGCGCCACAGUGCACAGCUUCAGGGCACUUCUCUGUACAUUGUUGCUACUUUGCUACCACACGUUCCUGAGCUUUGUACUGGGUACAGGAAAGGGAAAUGUAGAUGAGGCAGAAAAGUUGCUUCAGCCCUAUCUGAAACGUUAUCCCAAGGGUGCCAUUUUCCUGUUUUUUGCUGGAAGAAUUGAAGAAAUAAAAGGCAAUAUUAAUAUGGCCAUCAGCCGGUUUGAGGAGUGCUGUGAGGCUCAGCAGUCCUGGAAGCAGUUUCACCAUAUGUGCUAUUGGCAGCUAAUGUGGUGCUUCACGUACAAGCUUCAGUGGAAGAUGGCAUAUUUCUACGCUGACCUGCUGAGCAAGGAAAGCUCCUGGUCCAAGGCCACAUACAUGUACAUGAAGGCUGCCUACCUCAGCAUGUUUGGAGAAGAUGAUUACAAACCUUUUGGGGAUGAUGAAGUGAAACUCUUCAGACAGGUGCCUGGGUUGAAAGUGAAGAUUGCUGGAAAAUCUCUUCCAACAGAAAAAUUUGCUAUUAGGAAAUCACGAAGAUACCUCCCUCAGAAUCCAGUGCCUCUGCCAGUCCCUCCAAUGGAGAUGAUGUACAUCUGGAAUGGUUAUGCAGUGAUCGGGAAACAACAGGAUCUGACUGAAGGAAUGUUAGAGACAUUAACCCAGGCCGAGGAAGCUUUAGAAGAAGCCGCAGCAUCAGAAUUCCUGGUGGAUGAUCGGUGCCUGGUUAAACUGCUGAAGGGUCUGUGCUUGAAGUACCUGGGCAGAAUCUCAGAGGCUGAGCAAAGCUUCACCUACAUCCACACAAAUGAAAAGAAGAUUAAAUAUGAUCAUUAUCUUGUUCCCAAUGCUCUGCUGGAGCUGGCUCUGCUAUAUCUGCAGCUGGACAAAAGAGAGGAAGCUGUACGGCUGCUGGAGUGUGCCAAACACAAUUAUAAGAAUUACUCCAUGGAGUCCCGUACACAUUUUAGGAUCCAGGAUGCGCUGCUGCAAGCUAAAUCCGUGCCGCAAAACGGCUGCUGAUGUGGGCUACUGGGAACCCCCCAAUUACCUGGGGGGAGACAACAAACUGUGACACAGAUGGGACCAACUCCUGGGGAACAAGGACUGAAUAUCUGUUAGAAGGAAUAUAGGACAUUAUUGCCACAGCAAAUUGUUUUUACAACUUGUUGGUUAGGCGCACAGAGCUGCGUCCUGCGGGACUAGGAUGGUUACAGGUAGUGAGCAGAUAUAUCUGUUGCCUACAGCUAUUCUCAUCAUUACCAUUUAUUUUACUGUAAAUAUCUACUGUAAAUUAUUUAAAUCCAGUAAUGUGUAAAGGAGCACCGCAAAGUGUUCUUCAGCAAGGUGUAAGGAGGAGUUGUGAGAAAUGUACUAAAAGUAAUUGAUGAACUUA